AGUCGUCAGACGUAUGCGAGAGUUUAAGAACGUUGUUUGCCAUCACGGAACGUGGUAACGAGACCGGGGCCGACUGACGGCAAAAGCAACCGCAAGAGGGAUAACAAAUAAUACAGUUAGAAGCACAAAUCAAGAAAUUCCUCAAUUGGAGACGCUGAAAAAAUUUUAACUGGAUUCAAAGUCGGAGUACGAAAAAAAGGGGAAUGUAAAAGCAACGCAGCAAAAUAAAUUUGAAUGACUUCGCAAAAAAGAAAAUUACACGUUAUUUACGUAAAUGCUGCUCUGCCAACGGUUAUCUGGAAGACAUUAUGUGAAAUGAAAUACGGUGUAUAAGUCUUUCCUCGCCCUUACAAAUUCGCCAUCAAAAAUUCGAUCAACCGAAUAAGCGACCAGCAAUCGGCUAUUAAAUUUUGUAUUCAACAUAAUCAAAUAAAUAAAAAAGUAAACAAAAGCGAAUAAUAUCAUAUUUUGGAGAAUUUUUUGAAUAUUUUUUCACUGUUUGCCCAAAUAAGAAACAGAGUGUGUUCAUGAAGAAGUUCAGCAAAAUUUUGCAAAUACUAAAUUAGAAUAAUUCAUUAUCAAUUAGAAUCUAGCUCGGAAUAAAUACUGAGAGAAUUGAGGAACCUAAGCUGCCUAUGCAAAUGUCGUUUCUAGGAAAUUGAAAACAUCAAAUUCAGAUACAGAUUUUCAUGCAACUUAACUCAAACACUUAUGUCGGGUAAACUUUCCCAAAUUGAGCGUUAUAAAUUUGUAUAAGUAAAAGUGAUAAUAAUAUCACUGUGAUUGUACCGGGUUGGACAUUAUUUAUACAGAUACAGAUACAGAUCAGAGCUGAAUCGGAGGCCAAGAAAGAGCUUGAUUGAAUGAGUGAAUCGAACCAGUGAGUGAGUAAAUGCAAUAGCUACGGUGAGGAAACUAAAGAGUGCCUUGCUCAGCUCAGCUCAGCUCAGCGCAAUGAAGCUACAAUUUCAGCUGUACCCUUAUGCAUACAAGAGCCUAGACACAGUCUCUGCUAAAAACGGAAAUCAAAUCUUCAUCACAGCCAUAGCCAUCCACUGCCACACAACCUGACCUACAGAAAAAACGUAGAGUUGAGUGUCACCAAUGUGCCAAUAGGAGCAGUAGAUUGUUAUCCAAAGUGCAACUACCGCAACAAAAGCAUACUUGAGCUAUUAAGAUGCAUAAUUAAUUUUUGAUUGUUUCAAAUGUACCAAUUAAAGUUUGGAUGCGUGAGAGUACCUUUUGGUAAAUAUCCUCGAGAGCGAGAAUAAAAAGAGAAUCAAGGAGAAUAACCUUAAACAAAACGAGGAGAGGACGACCAAGACUUAGCAUUGACGCUAACACAGACGUUGACGUCGACGCCCACUAAUUAGAACACAAUAUUGAAGCUGCAUAAUGUGGAUAACCAUCACCUACUUGAUCCUCAUCAUUGCCCAGCUGUGCGCCUUGGCCACAUCCGCUGGCGAGGCAGAUUAUACUCUAGACGAUUCUUUUUGGAAUGAAGAAAGUCCCGUUGGUGAAGUGGAACGGUUACUUAAGGAAUACAGGCAAAAUCAAGAGUUGGUUCGUCGCAUCGGUGGACAUUACUACCAAAUAAUAUAUCCUGUUCAGCUGCGCCAUCACGAGAAGAUGGGAAUAUCAACACGUGAAGUCAGUCCCUCAAAGCCGGGGCAACGUCCUCGUCAGCAUGAUGACAGUGGAUUCAACAGAGGCAGAACAAAGAAACAUUUCCAUCGCACUUCGCUUCUUAUUAAGGCCUUUAAUCAUAAAUUUCGCCUGGACCUAGAGCUUAACUCACAACUUCUUUCACCAAAUAUACAACAAAAGCACUACCACGUUGGAGGAUAUCUUGUCGACGGAAACCGGCAUGAUAUUGAACAUUGCUAUUACCACGGGACAGUGAAGGACUAUCCGGGUGCUAGCGCUGCCUUUCAUACUUGCAACGGAGUAAGCGGCGUCAUACACAUUGGAAACGAAACCUUCGUCAUUCAUCCGUUUUAUGGUGGCGAUCUAUCUAAACAUCCGCAUGUCAUUUUCGAAGCGCGUACGAAAGCAAACAAGGGAUGCGCCAAUUCAGGUAACCUCGACUCAUGGAGGUUGUCUCGUCGCACCAAACACUUGUCGGUGGGCGUUGCGGAUGUGGUGGAUGAGAUUCUGCAGAACCACGCAGUGCGCAGUAAGCGGGAUGUGCGGGAGGCCACCAAAUACAUUGAAACAGCAAUUAUCGUUGACAAGGCAAUGUUUGACAAGCGCAACGGCAGCACGCGGGCUGAGGUUAUUCACGACGCAAUACAGGUUGCCAAUAUAGCUGAUCUGUAUUUCCGCACACUGAAUACUCGGGUGUCGGUGGUUUACAUUGAGACAUGGGGAAAAAACCAGGCUGUCAUCGAUGGAAGCAAGGACAUUGGCAAGGCAAUAUCCAACUUUAAUGAUUACACAUCAAGAAAUUUGUUCCAAGUCGAGAGAGACACCACUCAGUUACUAACUGGUGAAACGUUUUCGGGCGGGGAGGCUGGGAUGGCUGUUCCUGAAACUGUUUGCACACCGAGGGCUGUGGGCAUCAGCGUCGAUGUCAACGUAUAUGAGCCACACCUUCUUGCUGGCACCAUGGCUCACAUGAUUGGCCAUAAUAUCGGCAUGGGACACGACGACGGACGUGAGGAAUGCUUUUGCCGUGACUGGCAUGGCUGCAUAAUGGCGCAGUCGAUCGUCGGACAGGAGAAUGUCCAACCGUAUAAAUUUUCGGAGUGCAGUAAAAAAGAUUACAUUGAUGCAUUACGGACGGGACACGGACUGUGUUUGCUCAACAAGCCAAAUGAGAUCGAAUUGCGUCGAAACUGCGGUAACAAAAUAGUCGAAGAGGAUGAAGAAUGCGAUUGUGGUACCUUUGAAGAAUGUGCUCUGGAUCCGUGCUGCGACGGAAUAACAUGCAAGCUAAAAUCUGAGGCACAAUGCGCCAGCGGCGCUUGCUGCGAACAAUGCCGCCUACGGCCCAAGGACUACAUUUGCAGAGACUCAAACAAUGAGUGUGAUCUUCCAGAAUACUGCGAUGGUGAAGUCGGUCAAUGUCCUUCUGAUGUCUACAAGAAAAAUGGCUCUCCGUGUGGUCUCACCAAAACAGGCGUCUCCGGCUACUGUUUUCAGGGCUACUGCCCUACACUAAGCUUGCAAUGUGAAGCAAUUUGGGGAUAUGGGGGAUCCGCCGCAGAUCGCCAGUGCUACGAACAAUUUAAUUCUAAGGGCUCAAUCAAUGGCCAUUGUGGCCGUGAUGCGAAUGAACAUUACAUUAAGUGUGAUCCAGAGAAUGUCCAGUGCGGCACUCUACAAUGUAAAGAAGGUGAAAGACAACCAGUUAACGAAGGCAUCGACCAACUCUAUUCCCGCACUAUUAUAUCGAUCAAGGGACUGGAGUACGAGUGCAAAGCAACCAGCGGACAAGUAGGCUCCAACAGCUACCCUGAACAUGGUCUAGUCAAAGAUGGUACACCGUGCGGUGACAACUUAAUUUGCCUAAACCAAACAUGUGUCAGUCUCUUUCCCCAUGUGGAUCAAACCAAGUGCCCAACAAAUAAACAGGGUCAAGAGUGCUCAGAACACGGCGUCUGCACUAACACAAAUCGCUGCUUCUGCGACAUGGGUUGGGGUGGCACAGACUGCAGCUCUGUCGUUCUCCUUACCACAGCACUGCCAACCGAAGCAUUGCCCACACCGGAGAAUACAAUAAAAAUGGAAAAGAAAGAAACCCCAUAUGGCACCUCAGACCAAAAUAGGAUCAGCACAUUAACCAUGGUCAUCAUUUUAACAGUUAUCGUCAAAUGUGUCUUCAUUAGUUUUGCAACACUGGCCGUUUGCUACAGAGAACUACCACGGCUCAAAUACAGUGUUCCUAGUCGGUGUUCUAAUGUCAGUUGUAGGGUUCGUUUUUAUAACAUUCACCUUAAUGGCAUUGUGCUACAGGUCAGUUGUAGUANAGUACAUAGAAACUUCUCCCUGUGUCUGAGACGCAAGACUACUACAAUGAAGUACGAUCCGCCCUACUCGAAGAAACCGAUUGCCAAGAGCUAUGGCGGUGCGGCCACAGCACCAAACCAUCAUUCCGUUGAGGAGGUUUCCUUGGACGGUUCCAGCAAAUUGGUGUAUGCCAAUCAGACAGGCUUCAGGGACAAAGUCGUGCAUGGACGUCGCUAUACAGCUGGUGGCGAGGACGAUCAGUCACAUGCAGAGAAGGGUAUUUUAAAGAAACAUGGCUAUGGGCUUGUGCACGGAGAGCAGCUUAAAGACAAAUGGGGAGACGAUAACCAGUCGGACAAUCUUGAGCUGAUUACUCAGGACGGGACGCUGGCCUCAACGAGCGGUGGAGUGGCUGCCUCUGAAGUCGAACGAACGCUCAAGUCCCUCAACGGAUACCACGAGGACAUUUUGGAAGCUCUCCGGAAUGCGGCCACACACCGUGGCACAGGAACUGGCAACACACCGGUUGGCAGUGGCAGCCUAAGCGAAGAAAUGUUGCGUAAAACGUUACAAGAUUGUAGCAGCGCCCAGUUGGGAUACUCCGCUGAGCCAUACAAGCGCACUAGUGGAUCCAAGUCCAGUUCAAGGGAAAAUGUUUGUGACAAUAACGCUUUGCACGCCAUUUUACUUGACGGCAGCGGAUCUGGCCUUGGUGGCCUGGGUCUGGGAUCGAGCUUAGGUGCUGGGGGUGGAUCAUCUGUUAUUGCUGGGGGUAUGGGGCAUGGCAAUGCGAUGCUGCAUCACCAUCGCUCGCAGCACCAAUUGCAUCAGCCGCCGCCUCUAUCAUUGCAACAACAGCAGCCUGACGAGGAGGACGCUCCCUCAACAGGACCCUUGCGUAUACGUAAUUUGGAGGAUCUUAUACGGCAGCUUGAGCACCACUCGUCGCGGCACAUGAGUCCCAGCGGCUCCGAGGAUAUCCGCAUGUCGGAAACAGACGCCGAUCGCCACUAUAGAUUAGAUAGUUCCGCUGCUUGUAGUGAGUCCUCACAAGGCUCCAAUCAGCAACUAGCACAAACUCAGAAAACCGCUACAAUUCAUUCGUCGUACAGCAGUCGCUGUCGUCCCCGUUCCGAUGAGGAGUCGCGGUUUGCUUACGGCAGCCGCUACCGACAGCCGACGCCAGCAGGCCGACAUGCACAACAUCAGUCACACUCACCACAUCAAUUCGGACACCACUCGCAUCAUUCUCAUGCUCACGGACAUGCCACGCAUGGUCCCCACUCCUCGCAUCACUCAUCGCACACUCAUUUACACCAGGAAGAUGAUGGUCUAUAUGAGACCGCCGACCAACGUAAUGUUUCUGAUGCUCGUCUUGAUUCACAGGAGACACCAGAUAGCGAAAGUGAUGACUUUAUUCAAGCUCAACAACAGUUAGCCCGGUGGGCGAGUGAAGAUGUGGUAUCCGUCGUGGUAUUGGACCAGCCGCAGUCCGCAACAAUUUCGGAUUCCCAACCAUACAACGGCGUAGGACCUAUGUCAGGGGCUACAACGAGCAACGUUAUCCACCUUCAGCAUCCACAUCAGCACCACGGCGAUCCUCAAUCCUCCUCAGCGGCAACGGCGGCGGCAGCCAGCAACAACUGUAUAAUGGGUUUGCCAGUCGUCCAAAAUGGUACAAGUGUAAGUCAGAGGGACUUCUAUCCCUCACCACCCUCAACGGAGACGGAAAGCAGUGGAAGUGCUAUCCAGCUUCGUACUCGACGCAUAUUACAGUCGGCAGAUACGGUGGCAGCAAGUCAACAGCAGCAUCAGCUGCAUCAGCUACCCUUAUAUCAGCAGCACCAUCAUCAGCAGCAACAGCAGCUUCAGCAUCAAUCAGGCGAUACCAGCAGCAGCAACAACAGUCAAUCAGGACAAGUCAUCGAGAAUGGCUGCUACCCGGAAUAUAAACAUUGAUAGUGGAAAAUCAUAGAUAUAUUUUAAAUUGUAUUCGACUUGACAUUGACACUCGCAUUCGUACAGGUAGUACAGGUAUCCGCAAUCAGCUCACACAGGGCUCAGCCGCACAAUUUUUGUUUUGUUUGUAUUAUGUGGAGAAUAAGAUCUUGACCCUUGACCGGCAUUUCUAGUCGCAUUAAAUAUGCUUCACUUAAAAGACACAAGGACAAAAGCGUAUUCUUAUGUGCAUAAACAUAAACCUAAAUAAUAACUUAAAUGCUAAUACAAAAGUUAACCUAAAUGAGAGAAGCAGAGAAGCAGAAAAGCAGAAAAGCAGAAACAAGCAGUAAUGGUCAAAGUCAAAUGAAUAAAGAAUAUUGCAAUUUAUGAGUGAAAACUUGCUUCACAAAAGGAUUACACACAAGCAUACAUACAUACAUACAUACAUACCAUUGAAUACUUACAUACAUAACUAAACAUACAUAAAUACGUUCAUUUGAACGCCUAGCCUAACCUUAUUCACCAUCGCAAAAAAGAAAAGAAAAACCGGAUUUUGUAUACAUACCUCAGGCCCAAAUAAUGCCAGCGUCUGAGUAGGUAAAAUUAAUGAACAGGCUGCUGUAUAUAUAAAACAAAAGUUUAAAUGUGCUAGAUAGUUAAUUUACGACUCGUUGUGAGACGUGUCAAGAACUUGAAAAUUCAAAAGAAAAGAAAAAAACUGCACUUGUGCACCCAGCCCAACAUGCGCUUGAUGGUGCCUCCCUUUUAGGGCCCUCUUACACCGACUGAUAGAAACAUUUUGGGCAAAUACUGUCAGUUCUCGUUAAAGCAUCUAAAAGAAACCCAUAGAAUAAAGAAAA